AUGGUAACCGACCUUAGUCACAAUCUUAACGAUCAAGAACUAAACCUUUUAGCUAAAGGACAAAAGUUUGGCUUAAUGGACGGAGUCGACAACAACACUAUCGAUGACUUUCAGGCAAGCUUCUAUAGGCUAGCAAACUCGCUACGAAGGAGUGAAUACCAGGAACGCACACAAGCUACACAACAGACCACAAUCGAAACCUACCCAAAAAGCUGUUAUAUCAGGAAACCCGAAAGCAGCACUGAUCUUGAACAAACUCUUAAGAAGAUUCAUAACGACUAUCAGCGAAUAGUGAAGUCCAUCCAGCCUAAACCGAA